UCUACAAUAAUGGAGCUUUCUUGUAGCUCUCUUGCUCUCCCAAAUAUUAUUUGAUCCGACUAGAUACCCUAAGUCCAGACCUGAAUCGCAAAGCAAUUGAAGCUGAAAAAUCUAAGCAUAUCUGAAUCUCAGAGCAAUUGAAGUACCUUCCUUUAAAGUACAAGAUGACAUCCAUAGCCCCUGUUGUGGAGAAACUCCUGUCCAAUCACCACAAUCAUCUUCAGGGUCAGGAUAAGUACGUCUUUCCUCCGGGUGAACGUCUUGACAUGUCCCAGAUCUGUCAUUCUUAUACGUUUCCAAUCAUUGACCUCAAAGAUUUGGAUGGACCUCAUAGAAUAAAGUUAGUGAAUGAGAUUAGGCAGGCAUGCGAGGAGGAUGGCUUCUUCCAGAUCAUAAACCACGGAGCGUCAGAAACUGUGAUGAAAAGCAUGAUGGGCAUUGCCAAAGAGUUUUUUGAAAUGCCAGUGGAAGACAGGGUUUGUCUCAAUUCAGAGAACCUAAGGGAGACUGUCAGGAUUUUCACAAGCUUCAAUGUCACUAAAGGUCAACCCUUUGAGUGGAAGGAUUAUCUAAGACACCCAUGUCAUCCGCUGGAGGAAUUUAUCAAUUCAUGGCCUCAAAAGCCUGCACUUUACAGAGAAGUUGCGGGGAAGUAUUGCAAGGAGCUAAGAGUACUAGUUCUAAGGCUUCUGGCUGCAAUUUCUGAAGCUCUGGGACAAGAUCCUGAUUAUUUGAAUGAAAUCUUUGGAAAUCAUAGCCAGGUACUGCACAUAAGUUACUAUCGUGCAUGCCCAAAUCCAGAUCUUACCUUUGGCAUAGCACCUCAUUCAGAUCCACGUGGCAUAACUGUUCUGAUGCAAGGAGAUGUGAGUGGCCUGGAAGUGCUAAAAGAUGGAAAAUGGGUUGCAGUAGAACCAAUACCCAAUGCCUUUGUGGUCAAUUUGGCUGAUCAACUUGAGGUUAUAAGCAAUGGGAGAUUCAAAAGCGCCGAGCACAGGGCUGUAACCAAUAAAACUACUGCACGUAUAUCUAUUCCCACCUUCUAUGGGCCUUCGUUGGAUACCUUCAUAGCUCCUGCAGCAGCCAUGGUGGAUGAGGAGCAUCCGGCUUUAUACAGAGGAUAUAAGUUUGAAGAAUACAUGGCAGCAUUCUGGAGCAAAUGUGGUUUGAAGGGCAAGAGCAUUUUGGAUCGCUUCAAGAUCGAAGUCAGUCCAUGAUUGAAAAAAGUGGUAUAUACAUGCUGUUGUUGGGACAUACAUAUGCUGGCAUGGAAAGUAGAGACUGUGUUGUAUAGCAAUGCUUUAUCUGGGAAAUAAGGUGGAUGAGAUCAACCUAUUCCUCUACAUUUACAUUUGAGAGGUGGUGAGAACAGCUUCUAUUUAAUAGUUUUAAGAUAUAAAUUUUAAGUUUUUUUUAA